CGAGCUCAGAGCAGAAAAUUUGGGGAGAUUUAGGGCCCCAUGGCCCUACAGGAAACCUACGGGAACUGGUUGGGCCCCGAGCGCCUGCGGCGGCAGCCAGGAAUUUACUCCGUGGCUUCCAAGAUGUCCCCGGUGGGCGACUUCAGACCAGGCUCCCCUGACAGUUUUGAGGACGAUUACGACGACGUUUCCAUGGCGGGAUCCGAGCAGGGACCCCCGGCCAAAGGCGUUUAUCUCCUGGCGGGGCCUCCGGGCUCUUCCCGAGCUCCGUCCCUGCAGGACCCGGAAAAUCUGGAGCUGAAAUCGCCAAAUCCCGACCCCAAAUCCCAAAAUCCCGACCCUAAAUCCCGGAACCCCGACCCCAAAUCCCGGAACCCCGACCCCAAAUCCCGGCAUUGCCGCCGUUGCUGGAAUUCCGUGGCCGUCCUGGCGCUCCUGGUGGCCUCGAGCGCUCUGCUCUGGGGGGGGCUCCUGGCGGCGGCGCUGGGCAAACACACAGAACUGAGGGCGGAGCUGGAGCAGCUGAGGUCGAACCUGUCGGAAAUUUGGGAUUUGGUGCAGCAGGAGCAGACCCGGCUGCAGUUCGGGAUCCACCAGCACCAACAGGAGCUGCACGAGCUGUCCGAGGUGCUGUGCGGGGCCGUGGGCAGCUCCCGGCGCUGCGGGGCGGGCUGGCAGUCCCACGCCCGGAGCUGUUUCUCUUUCUCGCGGCGCUCGCUGAGCUGGGGCGCCGCCCGCAACGCCUGCGCCGACCUGGGAGCGCACCUGGCCGUGGUCAGCGACGAGGCCGAGCAGGAGUUCCUGCUGCAGCACUCCCAGCGAGGAUUCUCCUACUGGCUGGGGCUGGCCUGGGAUGAGCAGGGGAGCACCUGGAGCUGGGUCAAUGGGGAUGAGCUGAAUUUCAGGUUUUGGGACGUGUGGCUGCAGGAUCCCGAGAGGGAGCUGAAGAAAUGCGGCAGCAUCGGCGGCCAGGGGCGCUGGGUGCAGCAGAAAUGCACGGGGCUGCACAGGUGGAUCUGUGAGAAAGCUGCAAACUGCUGACAUUCGGGUUCUGGGUGCAGCAGAAAUGCACGGGGCUGCACAGGUGGAUCUGUGAGAAAGCUGCAAACUGCUGACAUUCAGAUUUUCACACAUUGCUGGGGAGCU